UUCACGUUUCCAAUAACGAACAAAGCAUAAGCAUUACCGCAGCAAAAUCGUCGCCGAGCAGAUUAUUCUGUCAAGUCAAGAAGACUUUCCUGAACCCAAAACCGAAGAACAAAGAUGGUGAAAUUAAUUGCAAGCCUUCUGGUGCUGGCCGUGGUGGCCCAACAGGCGUACGGAGACUUUAAAUGCUCGCUAGAGGUUCCCGAGAUCCCCAAGGGCUGGAUGGACUUGAAGGACGGCUGCCUCAACGGCAUGCGCCACCAGAUCCAGGAGGAGAUCAACGCUUCAUACCAGUACCUGGCCAUGGCCGCCUACUUCGCCCGCGACACCGUCAACCGCCAAGGCUUCGCUGAGAACUUCUUCAAGGCCGCCAAGGAGGAGCGCGAGCAUGGCUCCAAGCUGGUUGAGUACCUCUCCAUGCGUGGCCAGCUCACCGACAGCGUCAGCAACCUCAUCACCGUGCCGACCGUAGCCAAACAGGAGUGGAAGGAUGGUGCCGCCGCCCUUGAGGAUGCUCUCGAGCUGGAGACCAAGGUCACCCGCUCCAUCCGCAAGUUGAUCCAGACCUGCGAGGGCAAGCCCUACAACCAUUACCACCUGGUGGACUACCUCACCGGCGUGUACCUGGAGGAACAGCUCCACGGACAGCGCGAGCUUGCCGGCAAGCUGGUUACCCUCAAGAAGAUGAUGUCCACCCACGGCGAACUCGGAGAGUUCUUGUUCGACAAGAGCUUGUAAAAUGGUUCUCACGUUCCCGUUCUGGACCACCCACACCACCGCCACCGUGGAGGAGGUGUCCGGUCACUCUUCAAACUUAUCAGCCAGCAAAUCGACUCCAUCUAGUGUUCUGUUAUCUAUUUCGUUAUCACCCGAGCUGAGACCCUUCCCAGAGUGUCCGCCAUUAAAUCACAAAUUAAAGCUUCAGCUUUCAUUCUCUUUGAUUGGCACUAAAUUCUCCCAAUAAAUUACCCGUUUCCUUCUGGCUCACCUCGGAUCCACGGGGCACAGCAAAAACCUUAGAGUUCUGUUCUUAUCAAUCCACUCCCCAAGCUAUCUAGUGCGAGAGCGGAGAGUAUUAUCAGUUCUAUGAGUGGUCAUUUACGCUAUGGCCUAUCGCUAUUGGGAAGGGUCCAAAGCUCUGGUAGGGAGUUCAGCAUUAUGCAAGCGCCGAGAUUCGCCUAGAUAUAAGUGACACGCGCAGGGAGGGAUCAUUUUAUAUAAGCCAUCAUGCAAAACUCAUACGAUACAUUAAAUAAAUAUCUCUAUAUUUUUCUGUCAAUUAGACCAGCAAGCUAUAAUAAAAUAAACAAUACACAA